CGACGCAUUCAUCGCGGACGAACCACCGAUCAGGCGGGAACUACGAUCGAUUCGAAUUGGUCCAAAGUAGCGGGGCGAAGUUUUCAAAAUGGAAUCCGUGAGGAAGGCUAACCAAAGACUUAGAAACUAUCCCAUAUUGUUGGCCAAGUGUUCGGUGGCCGCUGCUGCCUAUGGCGCGUGUAUAACAACGGACCUUAAUGUAGCGCAUAAAACGUGUGAUCAGGAAUUUCAGCAAUUCAAACAGUGCUUACAAAAGGCAGCUAGUGAUAUGAAAACAAAACUAUGAGUGGCGGGGGAUC